AAUCACCUCUGGGCUUUUUAUGUUUUGCUAAACAAACCAAAAACAACCAAACAUUUUGAAAAAAAUUUUUUUUUUCUUAGUUUCUGUUAUAAAAUGUUGUAAAUAAGUUAUUUUUCUCCUUCACUGAUGUGCGCUAAUGAGGCUGCAGUGAUGGGCACUGAUGAGGAGGCACUGAUGGGCAUUGAAAGGUAUCACUGAUGGGCACUGAUUGAUGUGGCACUGGCAUGUGGCAUUGAUGGACACUGACAGG